AUGCCGACCCCAAAGCUAAAUACCCAGGCUGCCCCUUAUGGCUAUACAGCUACAGGCAGAAUCAGGAAGAAGCCUUUGAAAUCCUCAGUCCUACUUCCAGUUCAAAAUCAAAACUCUUAUGAAAAAUGGAGGGACAACCGUACAAAGUUCCAGGAAUGUCUAACAUGUUUUAAGGACUUCAGUAACCGGCUUGAUUCCCAUAUAGCUGUUUGGCAACAUCUUCUCCAUUUUGCUACUAAAGAUCUGAAACAUCAAGAGGUUCAUGAUGCACUUAAGAAAAUAAGGGAUCAGAAGCCUUCAGCGGAGGAAAAAAAACAUCAGGAGAGAAUUGCUGGAAUUGAGAGAAAUUUGAAGCGUUUGGGAGAGUUUUCGAAGGAAAAGUUAAGCAAAUUGCUUGAGGAGAAAAUAACAGAAUGGGAUGCAAACAACUAA